UCGGCUGUGGGAACAUGGCGCACACGCUCCGGAUUAACUUUCCCCAGGAAAAAGUUUGUAGAUUCGCUAUUUAGCAGGCAAAUCUCCCCAUAGUAUCGAGUAAUAAACGCGCCGAAAAGUGUGGAUAAACUACCAAACUGGUGUGUUUUGGAUGGUGUGUUUUCCUGUCCUUCUUCACUGGGAUGAAAGUUUGUCGCUGCCGGAUUUAGCCGAGAGCAGGAUGGAAAAGCAAAGAACGAAGAAAGAGAAGUUCUCUCUGUUUGGUUCUCGCUCCACCAGCAGGACCACCAACCCUCCCUCUUCCUCCUCCUCCUCUUCCUCUCCUGUCAUUCCUUCAGCCUCGCCGGUGAAAAGGGACCGACUGCCCGUCCCCCCCGUUCCUCCUCCUCCUCCUGGCCUCAGUAAAGCAGAGUUCCUGGACCGUGUGCGGCGCAGUAACCAGGCCUGCCAGCAGGGAGAAUAUGCUCUGGCUGUGCAGCUCUACAGCGAGGCACUCACCGCGGACCCCCAGAACUGCAUCCUAUUCAGCAACCGCUCCGCUGCCUACCUCAGACUGGGAGAGUACAGCACCGCUCUGGAUGACGCCAUCAAAGCUCGUCUUAUCAACCCCAAAUGGCCAAAGGCCUACUUUCGUCAGGGGGUUGCCCUGCAGUACCUGGGUCGUCAUGCCGACGCCCUGGCAGCGUUCUCCUCCGGCCUCGCCCAGGACCCCAAGAGUCUCCAGCUGCUCGUCGGCAUGGUGGAGGCCGCCAUGAAAUCACCCCUCAGAGACUCCCUGGAGCCGACCUACCAGCAGCUGCAGAAGAUGAAGCUGGACAAGAGCCCGUUCGUGGUGGUGUCCGUCAUUGGUCAGGAGCUGCUGACCCACAGUUUCCAUGGCGCCUCCGUGGUGGUCCUGGAGGCCGGGCUGAAGAUCGGCACGUGCUCGCUGAAGCUGCGGGGGUCCGUCUUCUCGGCCCUCAGCUCGGCAUACUGGUCUCUAGGUAACGCGGAGAAGAGUGUGGCCUACAUGCAGCAGGACCUGGAGGUCACCAAGACUUUAGGUGACCAGUCAGGGGAGUGUCGUGCUCACGGGAACCUCGGCUCUGCCCUCUUCUCCAAAGGCAGCUACAGAGAAGCGCUGGCCAAUCACAGGAACCAGUUAGUGCUGGCCAUGAAGCUCAAGGACAGAGAGGCUGCGUCCGAUGCUCUCAGCAGUCUGGGCCAUGUGUACACAGCCAUCGGUGACUACCCCAACGCGCUUGCGAGCCAUAAGCAGUGUGUUCUGUUGGCGAGACAAACGCAGUGCCAGCUCUCCGAGGCGCGCCAGCUGGGCAACAUGGGCGCCGUGUACACCGCGCUGGGAGACUUCACCAACGCCGUUCAGUGCCACGAGCAGCACUUGGACAUCGCAAAGACUAUGGAGAACCGGCGUGAGGAGGCUCGGUCCUACAGCAACUUGGGCAGCGCCUACCACUCUCAGCGUGACUUCGACAAGGCCAUUUCAUACCACACACGCGUGCUAGAGCUGGCACAGGAGCUGGGCGACAGAGCCAUCGAGAUGAGGGCGUUUGCUGGUCUGGGGCACGCUGCCAGGUGCAUGCAGGACUUAGAGAGAGCUCGUCAGCACCACCAACACCAGCUGGAAAUCGCACAGGAGCUGCAGGACAGAGCCGCACAGGGCAGAGCGUCAUCUAACCUGGGUAAGAACGCCAAAUGA